AUCGAGUGUGUGUGUGUGUGUGUGUGUGUGCCCGUGCCACCCCAGGGUGGGAAUGCUAAGACAGACGGGCAGUUUAUUUUUGGGUCAGUGACAGUGUGUCAAUGGCCGCAGAUGAGUCGCAAAGGAAGGCUCUGAGAUACCAGCAGACCGUGCUAUAUGGAGAGUACAGGGAGCACCCUGGUGGGUCUCAGCGGAGAGAGGCUACUCGCCUUCUGAUGGAGAGACAGCGGAAAAAACAUGGGCAUCACCACCACCACCAUGGGCACUACCAUCACGCUCACCAGGGGCGAAGUCACAGCCGGAGCCGAAGUCGCCACCAUAGCCGACCCCAUCUGGAUCUGGAGAUAGGGAGCAUUCAGGAUAGACCGGAGGAGGAGCAGGGCCACUCGUCGUCCUUCAAGAAACGCCGCUCUUACUCCAAGUGCAGAGACUGUGUGGCUCGAGUACAGAAGUUCCUUGUCACGAAAUUGGGAGAAGACUGGAUCUUUCUGGUGUUGUUGGGUAUUACCAUGGCAUUAGUUAGCUGGAGCAUGGAUUAUGCUAGUGCCAAGAGUCUGCAAGCCUAUAAAUGGUUUUAUGGUGAGUUGAAGGGAAACAUCCCACUGCAGUACCUGGUCUGGGUCUUCUAUCCCAUGGUGCUCAUCCUUUUUGCCUCCCUUUUCUGCCACCUGGUCGCUCCUCAGGCAAUUGGCUCUGGUAUUCCGGAGAUGAAAACCAUACUCAGAGGUGUUGUGCUGAAGGAGUAUUUGACUCUCAAAGCAUUUAUUGCGAAGGUGGUGGGACUCACUGCUGGCCUGGGCAGUGGUAUGCCGGUUGGCAAAGAGGGUCCAUUUGUUCACAUAGCCAGCAUCUGUGCCGCUGUGCUCAGCAAGUUUAUGUCGUUCUUCUCUGGAGUCUAUCAGAGCCCAUAUUGUUAUACAGACAUCCUCACUGUGGGCUGUGCUGUGGGGGUCGGAUGCUGUUUUGGAACCCCUUUAGGAGGUGUUUUGUUCAGCAUUGAAGUUACGUCAACCUACUUUGCUGUGAGAAACUACUGGAGAGGCUACUUUGCUGCAACAUUCAGCGCUUUUAUUUUCAGAGUGCUGUCUGUGUUCAAUAAGGAUGCAGUCACCAUCACUGCUCUCUUCCGCACCAACUUCCGCAUGGAUUUUCCGUUCGACCUGCAGGAGCUCCCAGCGUUCGCCAUUAUUGGGAUUUCUUGUGGAUUUCUGGGCGCUUUCUUUGUUUACCUGAAUCGUCAAGUUGUCCUGUUCAUGAGAAGAUCAAACAUUCUCACACGAUUCCUUACUAAACACCGGCUGGUUUUCCCUGCUGUUGUGACCUUGGUGGUUACAACGCUGACAUUCCCGCCAGGCUUUGGGCAGUUCAUGGCUGGAGAGCUGAUGCCCAGGGAGUGCAUCAACUCUCUGUUUGAUAACUUCACCUGGACUAAAAUAUGGGGAUCCCCCUUCCCGCCUGGACUCGGACGCUCUGCUGUGUGGUUUCAUCCUGACGUCAGCAUCUUUGUCAUUCUUAUCCUCUUCUUGAUCAUGAAGUUCUGGAUGUCUGCAGUUUCCACCACAAUGCCCAUCCCGUCUGGAGCUUUCAUGCCUGUCUUUGUUUUGGGUGCUGCGUUCGGUCGUUUAGUGGGUGAGAUCAUGGCCACGCUCUUUCCUCACGGGAUCCUGUUUGACGGGAUCCUGUACCGCAUCAUCCCUGGAGGGUACGCUGUCAUUGGUGCGGCGGCGCUGACAGGAGCCGUCACUCACACCGUCUCUACUGCGGUGAUCUGUUUCGAGCUCACCGGUCAGAUCUCUCACAUCCUCCCCAUGAUGGUUGCUGUCAUCCUGGCCAACAUGGUGGCUCAGGGUCUGCAGCCGUCACUCUACGACUCCAUCAUCCAGUUUAAGAAGCUGCCGUAUCUUCCCGAGCUGGGCUUCGGCCAUAUAAGUCAGUAUAAUAUCUUUGUGGAGGACAUCAUGGUGAGGAAAGUGAAGUUUUUAUGUUCGCAGUCUACAUACAGAGAAGUGCUGCAUUUGCUGGACUCGACCUCUUUAAAAACCUUCCCACUGGUCGACUCAAAAGAUUCUAUGAUUCUGUUGGGCAGCAUUGAGAGGUCUGAGCUGCUCGCCCUCUGUGAUUGGUGGCUGUCAGCAGAGAGGCGGAUCCUAAUACAAGGACAGAGCCCACAAGGUCAAGUGCCUUGUGCCAAAAUCAGCUGGGAAUCCUUUGCCUUUGUUGAUGAAGAUGAAGAUGAAGAAGAAGAGGAUAAUGUAGAUGAAAAGACAAUACCAGUUCAAGAAGAGAGAAAUGGCCCUGUGCCCCCGCCCAAACCUUCAGAACCGUCCACCAAUCACACGUCUCCUGAUAAGGGUCCUUCGCAGUCUUUCAGGAGACUUUUACGUAACUUAUUUUCAUCUUCGUCAGAAAGACACACAGAAGGUCAGCCCCAGGAGCCUUAUCCUCCACCUUUAACCGACACAAUGACACCAGAACAGAUCAAAGCCUGGGAGGAGAGUGAAAUGGACAAACCUCUGGAAAUCAAUCAGAUCAGAAUAGAUCCAUCACCCUUUCAGCUGGUGGAGAGAACCUCACUACAUAAGACACACACACUGUUUUCUUUACUGGGCCUCAGUCAUGCCUAUGUAACCAAUACUGGAAAAUUAGUGGGAGUCGUGGCGCUGAAAGAGCUUCAAAAAGCCAUCGAGGGCUCAACACGCAGUGGUGUCCGCCUGCGCCCCCCUCUGGCCAGCUUCAGAGACACCCUCCGUAAAAAAGCCUCUAAGCCUCAGGCCUCCUCUCCUCCAUCCUCACCCGUCUCCACCACCGCCCCGUCCUCACCUCUGUCUCCACCUGUGAUCUCUCAUUCCCGCUCCCACUCACACUCCUCCAGCCCAGCCGCCCCGGUGACAGAGAAUAAAAAGGAGAUGGAAGUGUGGAUCGAGGGUGUGAAGCGGGAUGUGAUUGUUGGUAAAAGCAGCAGCACAACCACAGGAAGCAGCAAUAGCAGUAGUCGUGGGACUGGAAGUAGUGACAGUGAGGCAGGAAGUGGCGACAGCAGCCCGAAUCUACCGCCCUCCUCGCCUCCACCCCCUAUCCCGCUCUCCAACCUGCAAGCCGUCCCGGAGAACAAGGAGGAAGAAGAAAACGAGGAGCCCGUUUAAAACAAGUGAAGUUUGUUUUUCUUUUCUUUGAGGUGAGAUUUUUAUAUAACAUUUCUUUUUUGUUUGUUUUUUUACUUACGUGUCAUUUCAGAGUUUUAAAAUGUCUCCUUGAUCUCCUUUAGUUUCUUCCUGCUUUUUUCUGUCAAAACAUUUCUGUGAGUUUUUUUGGUUGUUCUUUGAUGUGAAAACAGGCUGAUCAUUUUAGAGAAAGAAGAAAAGUUUGAGUUAUUUUUCUUCAAUCUAUAUAAAAAAAUACUAUUCUUCUUCCUCUAAGAAAUUCUGUGAAUGUUUCCUUCUUUACUUUCUUUUAUUUUUCUAUUUCCUGCUUAUUUUUUUCUCCUCUUAUUUUAUUUAAUUUUUUUGUAAAUAAAUAUUCAAAUUCUGAUAGGUUUUCCUCUCCCUGCUUUCUCUUUUUUGUAAUAGAAACAACAACAAUAAUCUAAAAACAUCAUGUAUCAUAAAACUUGCUAUGAGAUUAUGGUAAAAUAUUUGUCAUCUCAGUAGCUCUUAAAAUAUACAUUGAUUUCCCUUUCAUGAAUAUAAAUUGUCAUAACUUUAAGUGUUAACAGAUUAUGAAAGAAAUAGUUUAUUUUUUUGAGUUAAAGAAGAAAUUGAAGGAACAUUUCACUGUUAUAGUUGUCCAAACAAAAAGUGUCCAGCAGGUGGCACAUUUUCAGAACAUUUCACUUAAACAUUUUCUCCUUUUGCCCUUAUACACUCACCGGCCACUUUAUUAGGUACACUUUACUAGUAGCAGGUUGGACCCCAUUUUUGCCUUCAGAACUGCCUUAAUCCUUUGUGGCAGAGAUUCAACAGGCUACUGGAAAAUCAAAGAUUUUGGUCCAUAUUGACAUGAUAGCAUCACGGAGUUGCUGCAGAUUUGUGGGCUGCACAUCCAUGAUGCACAUCCCCCGUUCCACCACAUCCCAAAGAUGCGCUAUUGGAUUGAGAUCUGGUGACAGUUGAGGCCAUUUGAGCGCAGUGAACUCAAUGUCAUGCUCAAGAAACCAGUCUGAGAUGAUUUGUGCUUUUAUGACAUGGCGUGAUAUCCUGCUGGAUGUAGCCAUAAGAAGAUGGGUACACUGUGGUCAUAAAGAGAUGGACAUGGUCAGCAACAAUACUCAGGUAGGCUGUGGUGUUGACACGAUGCUCUAUUGGUACUAAUGGGCCCAAAGUGUCCCAAGAAAAUAUCCCCCAGACCAUUACACCACCACCACCAGCCUGAACCGUUGAUACAAGGCAGGAUAGAUCCAUGCUUUCAUGUUGUUGAUGCCAAAUUCUGACCCUGCCAUCCGAAUGGCAGCAGAAAUUGAGACUCAUCAGACCAGGCAACAUUUCUAUUGUCCAAUUUUGGUGAGCCUGUGUUGAUUGUAGCCUCAGUUUCCUGUUCUUAGCUGAUUAAAAACAGGAAACUGUUCCUGUUCCCAUUCUCCUCUGAUCUCUGGCCUUUGCACCCACAGAACUGCCGCUCACUGGAUAUUUUCUCUUUUUCUAAUCAUUCUCUGUAAACCCUAGAGGUGGUUGUGUGUGAUAAUCCCAGUUAAUCAGUAGUUUCUGAAAUACUCAGACCAGCCCAUCUGGCACCAACAACCAUGCCACGUUCAAAGUCACUUAAAUCCCCUUUCUUCCCCAUUCAGAUGCUCAGUUUGAACUGCAACAGAUAGUCUUGACCAUGUCUACAUGCCUAAAUGCAUUAAGUUGCUGCCAUGUGAUUGGCUGAUUAGAAAUUUGCUUUAACGAGCAGUUGGACAGGUGCACCUAAUAAAGUGGCCAGUGAGUGUAAUUUGUACUUUCUGAAAAUUCACUGUCUUCUCUUAAUGAAACCCUUCCUCUGUCCGUCUUUUCCCUCAAAACUCUGUCUCUCUCUCAGGUGUCUCUCAUGUCUUUAAACCAAGGACUCUGCUCUUUAUGAACAAUCUGUGUUGGUUCAUGUGAUCUACUGUCUUCUAAUAAGUGUUACAGUUCAUUUAAUAUAGCUUAGAGUCUUCAGUCACUUAAUUUAUCUGCCUCCGUUUCUGUUUGUGUUUGUCAUAUUUAUUAAUUAAUUUAUUCAUUCGUCUCUUUACCUCUUGGCGUGAUGAGAUAUUGACAGAUUCAUAAAGGAAUUUUUGAAAGAUGAA